ACCCACAACGGUAUUUGUGCCAGUGACGGUCUCUCUGUUUUUGUGUCACUCCGAUUUUUGGGCCACAAAAAUAGAAAUAAAGCUAAUAAUUGCUCGAUACGAAAGUCCAAGUAGCACAUAUUAAGGGCCUGCAACAACGCACGGAAAGCAGAGCUGAGCAAACGACAUGGCUGACAAGGCGCCCCCCGCAGACGCAGAAGCAGGAGCCUCUGCCGACGCCAGCCCGGUAGCUGCUGCCGCAGAUGACCACACGACCCUGACUGUGCCACCUGUCAUCGUACAGAGCGACAAGCCCGCAGUGCCUGCAACCAAAGUAGCCGCAGCAGCAACAGCCACUGCCCACGCCGACAAAUCUGCGACAGAUGCUUCAACCUCCACAACCGUGCUGAUGGGCGCGGAUGCUGGCGAGGCGGAGCGUUGCUGCUGGAUCUGCUUCGCCACGGACGAGGACAACCGCCUGGCAGCGUGGGUGAAGCCGUGCCAGUGUCGUGGCACCACCAAGUGGGUGCAUCAGAGCUGCCUUUACCGUUGGAUUGACGAGAAGACGCAGAAGGGAAACGCACUGCGUUCCGUGUCCUGCCCUCAGUGCCAGACGGAGUACAUAAUUGUGUUCCCGCAAAUGGGCAAGUUUGGUGGCGCCCUGGAGGCGAUGGACAACCUGAUCAAGCGUCUAAGCCCUUUCCUUGCGGCUGGCUUUUUUGUAGGCUCUCUCUAUUGGACAGCCGUAACGUAUGGAGCGGUGACAUUUUUACAGAUUGUGGGCCAUGAGAACGGCAUGUCCAUUAUGGAGGCCGGCGAUCCCCUCGUGCUCCUGAUCGGACUGCCGGCCAUUCCAGUCGGACUGGUGCUAGGUCGCCUAAUUCGCUGGGAGGACGCACUACUGCGACUUAUUCGCAACCGCGGGACUGUGGUGAGGAAGUUCCCAUUUGUGAGCCUCAUCUAUCCAAACCUAAACCAGGAGGACGAGCAACCGAGCACCAGCAAUCCAGCCACUCCCGCGCUGUCCGACCCCGUUUCGGCCACGCGCGUAUUCUGCGGUGCACUUCUUCUGCCCACCAUCUCGUCCAUUGUGGGUCGGAUUCUCUUUGACUCUGUGGACAACACGUUGCACCGCACUCUGCUCGGCGGCCUUACCUUUAUCACGGUUAAAGGUAUCCUCAAGAUUUAUCUAAAGCAAAAGCAGUACGCCAGUCGCAAGAAGCGUCGUAUUGUGGAUUACACGGAGGAGAAUAUACGCACUUACAUGCACCGCAACAACACUGGUGCUGGCGCAGCUCGUCAGGAUCAGCAGGCGCAGAACCAACAGCAGCGUCCAGUGCCGCCAACCUUGCGCAUGGACGCCGUGGCAAUACGGGAGCGCGAACUCAAUCGCCAGCCCGGUGAUAGUGGCGGAAGUGUUGUCUAGAAGGAGGCGUGAAGAACUGUUUUUCUACGAUUGUUUUUUCUAAGUUAAUUCCCAUAACUGUCGCCCCCUGAAUGGCGACAGACAAAAACACAACAUCCCCUUUCGGCGAGCUGAAAUUUUUUGUGAGGCGUCGUCAUCAUGGAAAAUUUAUUGUUAUAAAAGAAAAUCUCUAUGUUUAAUGAUCGGGAAGAGACGCCAACUACUAGCCAUGUCCCCGCUUAGAUAUAAUAUCGAAAUAGUAUAUAAUGGAUUUAUAUAUGCGUACGCUUCCACACAUUUGAAUUUAUACGUAAAUUGUAAAUUACGAAGUUGCCUCUGUAAAUAAAAGCAAGACCCUCGGCUGUGGGUGAAUAUAACCAUAA